AGAUAAAUUCAAAUGUAAAACAGUCACCCUUUAGCUCGAGGAUCAGAAUAUGUAGUUAAUCAUCCGGUUUAUUAUAGUUGUGCUGGAUAACUCAAUUAACUCCCUUGUCAAUAGCAAGUUAAUUGGAAGAUAAAAUGGACUGUGAGAAUUAAGCACAUGAUUCCGAUACCUUUUUAGAAGUUUAUAAGAAUUGUCCGUGCCGAGACUCAACCCGUCUACAAACAAGCAAGUGUUUUUACAAGGCAUCCAAUCAAGACAUUAAUGUUUCAUUCUUUAAAUAAAGCGCAAUGAUGAUGAAGAUUGAAAGGUUGUCAUAAAAAUCUAACCGGGGUACUUGCCUUGAGCCAUUGGACCUUUCUAUGCAAGAGUCAUCCGUGACAUAGAAAGAACCCAUGGUUAUACAAAGUACCUUAACUUUGCUAGAUACAUUCAAUCAUUCAAUGAACAAGUGAAAUAUAAAGCAUUAAAGCAUAAAGGGAUUGCACAAAAAUAACUUCCGGAUAAUUUCUACAUUUUCAUCACCUCUUAUUAAAGAGUGAAUGAAGAACUACUCACUCUUCAUGGUUUGGGUAAAGCUAGAAAAGUGAGUGAUGCUCAUCCUUCCAAGUAGAAAACUUACAAAGUAAAGUACAAUAAGCGAGGAGCCAUUCUUCGACGAAGAAUGAGUGAAUCACGUUUCACCCUUUAUGGCUUUGGUAAAACUCUAGAAAAGUGGAAGAGUUUCAAUCUUUUAAGAAGGAAAGAAGCUCAAGCAAUGGAAGUGAAAUAAAAGAACAUUGAAAUUAAAAGAAAGCUAGUUACUCUUGGAGGGUGACUUCCUCAACCAAAAGAUGGAGGGUUGCUUCCUCAACCAACAAGUGGAGGGUUGCUUCCUCAACUAACAAAUGGAGGGUUGUUUCCUCAACCAAGAGAUGUAACACAAGCAUAUAUAACAUACAUCUAAGAUUAAUCAAAAUAAGUGGGAGUCUAAGCCUCCAUACAAAAUCCUUACUAGUUCUUGGUGUAGUCUAAGCCUACAAACCAAGCUCUAGCUCCUUACUUUACAAGAGAAAAAAUUGCACACAUGAAGCUCCCUUAAUGGGUGUAUUUAUAGGCAAGGAAGGGGGGAGGGGAAGAUAAGAGAAGAUGGGUGAAUAGUGUAUGUCGCCCAAGUCACCAACUACUCUGCAGGCUGUUUGUGGUUUACGUUUGAACGUUGUCUUCUAUUUUCGCUUUAGGGGUGUUCGAACGUUGUAUGACGUUCGAACGUGUCUUUUGUUUUUGCUUUAGGGGGGUUCGAACGCCAGAUGGGAUGUGACCAUAUCACUCAAGUGGUCUUGGUCUUUUGUGGUAACCCAUUUUCACACUCCAUGCAAGAUUUGGAGUUUUGCGCUCAUCACUCUGGUCUUCAAUCAAAUCAGGUGGACGUUCGAAUGUGAGUUGGCGUUCGAGCGUGGUACUCAUGUAUUUCAGGGCCUGCCUUCUUGACUGCAACACGCCAAGUCUCAGCAGUUUGGUCUCCUCAUAGUUCCAAUGGACGUUCGAAUGUGGUUUGAAUGGGAUGCAGUCAAGAGCAAUGAUGUUCAAAAGUUGAGUCUAAAAUCAUCUGAGAAACUUCUUCAUCAAUUGGAAGAUGUUGGACUACAAUUAGCACUUACCUUUAAUGAUGGGGGUUUUGUUCUUGCUGUUGGUGGUGAGGAUGGCAAGUUGAGGGUUUUCAAAUGGCCUAGCAUGGAAUUUAUUCUUGAUGAGGCUAAUGCCCAUGCCUCUGUGAAGUAUUUAGAUUUCAGCCCUGAUGAAAAAUACCUUGUCUCUCUGGGAAGUGGUGGCCCUGGUAGGGUUUGGAAUGUUGACUCAUCAACUUCUAUAGCCUCUUUAACAAAGGAAAAUGAUGAGGUUUUUGGUUUCUGCAGGUUCUCACAAGCUAGUGACAAGAAUCUAGUUCUAUAUGUCAUUGCGAUGCAAGAGCAAGGUGGAAGUAUUGUGAAAUGGAAUAAUACCUCAUGGAAGAGGAUGAGCUCAAAGCGCAUUGUUCGAGGCCCAGUUUCUGCUUUCAAAGCUUCAACUGACGGAAAGCUCCUUGCAGUUUAAGUUCUUUAUUAUUAGUUUCAAGUGCUUGUGGCAUUCAUUUACACUAUUGUCUUAAAGGUAUUAUGAUAUGGUUGUAUGAAGUGAGAGAUUGAAAUAUGUGCCUAAGACAGCGUCAAAUUAUGACAUCUCUUGUCAUUCUUUUUUUCUUUCUUUGUUUUUUUUUUUUGGGGGGGGUGUUGACAUUUCUGUGAAAGCAGCCACUGUUGUAACUGCGUUGAGGUUUCUUGUAGGAACGGUGCAUUAGUCACUGUCAUCCUUGUUGCCAGCUACUUCGUUUCCUUUGACAGUGUUUUUUUCUCUAACUUGCCAUUGGUCAAUAUGCAGAGGGACAAUUGAAGGAGAUGUUUUAAUCUUAAAUUCCAGAAGCAUGCGAGUGCAGACCAUUGUCAGAAAAGCACAUCUUGGC